UCGUGACAAAUGUCUCUGCCGGUACAUUUUGACAGUUACGAAGGCUACUUCGAUGCCUGCACUCAAUUCUUCGAAGAAUAUGAAAACUUGUAUAAUUUUGCUAAUACUGACGUUCUUGUUAAGGGCAUUAUAGACGGCAUAUGCAUCGAUAAUUUUAAAGACGUUGAUGUAUUUGAACCUGAUUUUGACCUUCGAAGUGAAACAGAAGAUAUUGAAGUAUUUAAUGAUUUUUUUAAUAAAUUGGAUAAGCUUCAAGUUGAAUAUAAUAAUGUAGAAUUGAAUACGGAAUAUAAGAUUAAUGCACCUUUGGGACCGAAGAAGAAACAUGAAAUUAUUUGCUUAGCGAAGGAAAUAGGUAGACUUUGCGAUAAUAUCGGAUGCGAUACCGUCGUCGAUUUUGGAUCAGGAUUGGGAUAUCUGGAUCAAGUCAUAUUUGACAUGACUCAUUACAAUGUAUUAGGCUUGGAGUGCAAUGAAAGUCAUUAUGUUGGUGCGAAGAAACGGCAAAAUAAAUACCAUAUUGAUUCUACCAGUUGCGUCAAGUUUAUCAAACACAGGAUUACCGAGCAUUCUCAUAUAAACCUGAAGGAUUUUUUGAGCGAUAAAUUUCAAAAUUGCAACAGUUUUUGUAUAACUGGUCUCCAUGCAUGUGCAGAUUUAACAGUUGACGCAAUGAACAUAUUUUUAAAAAUGGAGAAUGCUCGAGCUAUGAUCUUAAUGCCGUGCUGUUAUCAUAAAAUGCGAAUUGAAAAUUUGUCAGAUGGCAAAUUCUCUAAUUUUCCUCUAAGUAACUGUCUAAAGGAAGUUUAUUUCAAAAAAAGAGGGUUUGAGUACAUGAAAAUACCGUUUUUAAGGUUAGCGGCACAACCGCAACUUACUAGUCAAAGUGACAUAAGAAAUUUAGUUUUCAAUUUACUCGCCAGAGCCGUAUUACAAAUAUAUGCAUGCAAAUAUAACUAUAAAAUAAAAAGAAAAAAACGUAAAGCUGUGAGAGUCAAGACGAUACUCAACAAUUUUGAAAGUUAUGCACAAGAUGCUUGCACUGAAGGAUUUUUAUUUAUGCAAGAAAAUUUAGAAAUAGAUCAUUUCAAUGAAUCCAUUUUUUAUAAUAAACCGUUUGAUGCGAAAGUUGCAGUCGAGGAAUUAAAUUCAAUUUGGCAUGAUUUAUCACCAGUGACAUUUAAAAAGGCCGCCAUAUUUAUAUUACUACAAAAUCAAUUACAACCUAUUAUCGAAAACUUUAUUUUACUUGACAGAAUUGUGUACUUAAAGGAGAAUGGCUUAUUGAAUACAACUUGUAGAAAAAUUGUAAAUGCCAAUAUAUCACCUAGGUGUUUGGCUUUAUAUGCUCACAAAUAAACAUGAAAAAAAACUAAGAUACAGUUGUAUUAUUUAAUAAGGAAACAUUGAAAUAAAAACAUUGUCAUAUUGUAUAAAUCAUAUUUUGUUUGAAUGUUUCAACCACUGAUUUAUAAUCCAUAGAUAGAUGGAAUAUUCCACAUAAAUCCGACGUUUAUAGUGUGUCGCCU